GACAGUGCGAGAUUACGUCACGCACAUCCCAGACGCUGCAGGAGGAGGCGAACAUGGAGGCCCAGAAGGAUGCGUUGCAUAGGAUUAUUACAACUCUGGCUACCAAGAACGAGGAGAUCCAGAACUUCAUGGAGUCUAUCAAGUUAGCUCUGCGUGGUCUGGAGGAGAACUCUGGCCGCGUUCUCACGGAGCUGGAGGAGGAGUUUGAGUCACUGUUCACGCUGCUCGCCGAGGUCAAGGCCAACAUGGCGGCCAAGAUCAAGCAGGAGCAGCUGUACAAGACGCACGAGCUGCAGGGUCAACUAGCAGCAUGUGUCAAGGCCCUGGAGGGGUCUGCAGAGCUCAUGGACUUUGCUAGUGAGACCCUGAACGUUGCUGACGAUGACAAGUUCUGUCAGGCUGCCAAGCAGAUCAAGGAUAGGGUGACGAUGGCGCCCGCCUUCCGUCUGUCCCUCAAGGCUAAAGUCUCGGACAGCAUGAAUCACCUGAUGGUGGACUUCUCCCCAGAGAGGGAUCGUCUCAAGGGUCUCACGUUUCUGCCUGUACCGGGCAUGCCAGAGUUUGACGUCCCCGGCUGUGUUGUGUUGGACAACUCGGUGAGGCUGAGGUGGCAGCCGCCCCAGCAGGACUCAGGCCAGGUUGAGCGCUUUGUGCUGCAGUUUGUCGCUGCGGAGCGGGCAGGGCCCCCCCCGCCCCGGGGGCCAAACCCCCCGGCCUGGACCACGGUGGAGGACCUCACGGAACUGGAGUACACGAUCACUGGGCUGGUGUUUGAGCAAAGCUACCUAACCGUGCGCGUGCGGGCCUGCAACAAGGCUGUGUGCGGGGACUUCUGCGAGCCGCUGUCGCUGCCCACGCCAGCGCUUAACUUUUCAUUGGAUGCUGCGAGCUCGCACUCGAACUUGCGCGUGGACAACCAGAGUGUUGAGUGGGACUCGACGGGCGGCAAGGCCCUCGAUGCCAAGGCUCACGAGGUCAAGAGUCAUGACCUCAAGAUAAAGGCCAAGGAGGGGAAGGGCCGUCCAGGGUCUGCGUCUGCCUCCCCUGCUGGCUCUCCGAUUAGGGGCAUCACUGCGUCACCCAAACGCCCGUCGUGCAGACCCUCACCCAGCCGCGCGAGCCGCGACCGCUUCUCAGGAGAGUCGUACACUGUAUUGGGGGAUUCGGCCAUCGACUGCGGCCAGCACUAUUGGGAGGUGGUAGUGUCACGGGAGAGCAAGGCCUACGGGGCCGGUGUGGCCAACCGAGGCCUGGGCCGCUUCGAGCAGCUGGGUCGCACGGCCGCAUCCUGGGCCUUGUACGUGAACACGUGGCUGCAGCUGAGCGUGGCCGCCAAACACAACAACAAAGCCCGCAGCCUGGAGGGCCCGGCCCCAACGCACAUCGGGAUCUACUGCGACUACGACAACGGGCUCGUGUCUUUUUAUAACGCCGAGUCUAAGCAGCUGCUGCACACAUUCCGUGUUCGCUUCUCUCAGCCCGUGCUGCCGGCCUUCUCCGUUUGGUGCGGCUCGCUGUCAGUCCGCACUGGGCUGCAGGUGCCCUCCCACGUCCAGUCGCUGCAGAAAAACCAAGACAACGGCAGUGGCAGUUCUACCUCCAGCCUCACCACCUGACCACAGCACGGGCCUCACUGCCCGCACGGCCGGCUGGCAGUGCUCCAGGCUGGCUCGAUGUGGUACUACUCGUCCAGCGAUGGCAUGGCCCCGCAAUGCUACCGAAUUGUGCGCUUCACACACACACAAUCGAUUCGUACCGAAGUAGUCACACACUCUACUCACUCGCUCUACUCACUCGCUCACCAACUUAGUCUCUUGCGAACCGCAUGGUCCACUAACUUUAAACGAGCACUCUCUUAUUAAACACGUCGAUUGAACAAGACGACCGCUUGACUCGUAACCGAAUCCAGAGCAACCGAAUGACGUUGGUCACGCAACCCCUGCGCCACAACAACCGUAGCGACUCGAGCUUGUGACAGCCGCGGACUUGCAACGUCGGAAAAUACGAGAAAGCGUCACCUGCAUGUGCCGACUGUGCCCACGGAGCUGUCCGGCCGGCCGAUGACCGCCGCCUCCGUCCAGACUCGCAGACGCGUCAACCCUGCGGCCAUGCCCUUCUUCGCUCCGGUUCUAGGAGGCGUCGUGCCCUUCAUACCCGAGUCUGACGGACGAUUUGUAUGUCUGCCAGCCUUCAAUGACUUAAACCUCCGGCCUACCUCCGAUGCCCGGGGCACGAUGCUGUGGGCAAUGCCUGGCAAUGUCACUGUUAAUCCUGAAGCGAUGGCUUCAUCUUAGCCUGCGUGGAUUUCAAAUAGCACACCGAGAAACAUGUAAAUACACACACACUCUCUGCGUAUGUAAAACCAUCCGUUCCUGAAGCACUAAAAAUAAAUUUGAUAAAGCUAUUGCGAUGGUCACCUAAGACUAGAGGACCACAAUGCAGUUCUUGAGGAACUGCUGAUGGUUUGUGCAUAAUGCACAGAGGCUGAGCAGUAUGUACAUAUGUCUGUGGUGUUGUCUGAAACUCGCAGUUUCCCGGCAGCCUGCACUAAUAUUCUGUUACGUUGGCUUUUUCUCGUGAUUUACAGAUCUGAUUGGCUUGCCGUAGGCCUCUUAUCUUUGCUCCUUAACUCAACAUAAUCAACGUAAAUGCAUGUGUGACACCUGUGUCGCUGGUAGCUUGCCGCAUCACAGCAUUACGCCGCUGUGUGUGUAACCGUGUCACACCGGUGUGCCGCUGUGUGUGUAUAAGGCUGCAGGUUUACUGUUUGGUCCAUUGUAUGGGCACCUUAAUUUCUGAUGAAGGCGAUGUCAAGUUUGCAUAAUGCGUCCGUCCAUAACCCAGUGAAUAUUAGAGCCGAUGGCUAAGACUGGCAUCGGAGUAGUCGCCACGGGUUCGGUGACCAGGGGGAAGAUCUAGGAACAGAUGGUGGGAGACUGUUAGGGCAAUUCUAUAGGUCGCUGUGCGAUUCUAUGGUUCCGUGUGAGUCUAUGUAAUGCUGUGGUUUUAGGAGAUGAGAUUUAACCAACAACCACUAAACCGAAAACUCUUUUCAGAAUCGGUUACCGGUUCCCAAAGUUAGAAACGGUGACCGACUUCAGUUAAACGUUAACGACUGUUCUGAAUGAAACUCACCGCGCUGUUUCAGCGACCACUCCGGGAGAUGGACUCAAACCGGUGACCUCUGGAUUACCAGUCCAGUGCUGCUGUGACUCCGCUGCGGCAGCUCCUGUCAAUUCUCAGUUUAAAACCAAUUGCUGUAGACAUUUCAAUCUGUGGCAAACCGGCAUUAACAGCUGUUUUACCAAUGUUAACCGGUUGUAACCCGGAAAUGAUACAAACCUGAUUUGAAGGGCAAUGGGAGCGAUCUGUGUAGUGUGGGUGGUGCCACGAUAUGCGGGGGUUCUCGGGGCACCCGUUGGGGGCUGGCGUGACCCCCGGUGGCAUUUGGCUGCAUUCCUAGAGGAGCCGCAGUUGAUCUUGCCAGCUAUGUUUGAAGCGAUUGCGAGACCGUGCGAUUUACAGCGUCCGCAGAAUACGGCAGCAAAUCAACCCGAUUACUUACAGGCACCGUGGGUACAUCCUGGCACGGCAGUGGGUACCCCAAGAUGCCCGUCUCAUUACAUCUGCUUUGAUGUUGAUUCGUUGUAACUGAGGGGGGGGGGGGGGAUAAAGCUGCGAAUUGCGGUUGUGCGAGUGUGGUGAACGCCUCCGCCGUGGCGGUCACUGCUUGUCCUGUGGCCCAUAUCACGGGCUCGGCUGCUGCGGGCACGACACGCUACCCUGAUGGCGGAAGGGAAUGAGACGCAGUUCCCUCGUGUUUGCUGUUGCUCCGUGCAGCCCCCCAUGAAUAAACGUGGAGCUGUAAUCACCGCAUA